GGGGGGGCCCGAGGGACCGUCUUUGGCCGCCGAAUAACAGCGGCAGCAUAUGUUUGAAUAUAAUUGGCUCUUUCUUGGUUAACCCGAAGAGUGAAAGGGGAAGAUUGCUCUUCUUGUUGCUCCUCCGGAUGACGAGGACGACUGCGGACUUUCGAAAACGCACAAUGGAGUGACAACAACACAGAGAGACCUUGACCAUGAACGGCACGGAGAGCGAGGCAUUGAUCCAAAGCUUCCACAACAGGAGCGCCCCGGGCGCCCCGCCACCCGACAGACACCCGUCGGCCGAGGGGAAGGACUCUUCGGCUGGAUGCUACGAGCAGCUGCUCAUUUCCACCGAGGUCUUCCUCACCCUGGGCAUCGUCAGCCUGCUGGAGAACAUCCUGGUGGUGGCCGCCAUCGUCAAAAACAAGAACCUCCACUCGCCCAUGUACUUCUUCAUCUGCAGCCUGGCCGUGGCCGACAUGCUCGUCAGCGUCUCCAACGCCUCCGAGACCAUCGUCAUCGCGCUCAUCGCCGGCGGCAGCCUGACCCCCCCGGUGGCCCUGAUCAGGAACAUGGACAACGUGUUUGACUCCAUGAUCUGCAGCUCCCUGUUGGCCUCCAUCUGCAGCCUGCUGGCCAUCGCCAUCGACCGCUACAUCACCAUCUUCUACGCGCUGCGCUACCACAACAUCGUCACCCUGCGGCGCGCCACGCUGGUCAUCGGCAGCAUCUGGACGUGCUGCACGGUGUCCGGCAUCCUCUUCAUCGUCUACUCGGAGAGCACCACGGUGCUCAUCUGCCUCAUCACCAUGUUCUUCACCAUGCUGGUGCUGAUGGCGUCGCUGUACGUGCACAUGUUCCUGCUGGCCCGCCUGCACAUCAAGCGCAUCGCGGCGCUGCCGGGCCACGCGCCCAUCCACCAGCGGGCCAACAUGAAGGGCGCCAUCACCCUCACCAUCCUCCUCGGGGUGUUUGUGGUGUGCUGGGCGCCUUUCUUCCUCCACCUCGUCCUCAUGAUCAGCUGCCCCAGGAACCCCUACUGCACCUGCUUCAUGUCCCACUUCAACAUGUACCUCAUCCUCAUCAUGUGCAACUCCGUCAUCGACCCCAUCAUCUACGCCUUCCGCAGCCAGGAAAUGAGGAAGACCUUCAGAGAGAUCUUCUGCUGCGGGCGUUGGGAUGUCGGCUGUUGAUGAUUCACAAGAGGGGUUCUUGCCUUUGGGUUGCAGAGGAAAAAUACACAGCUGCUCAGAGGAAAAUGUGGUUUUAUUAAUUUGGCUCUCAAGUGCAAUUUGAAGCUUUGCUCUUCAGCCUGAAUAUUUAA